CAUUGCAAAAAGGUGCACUGUACUAUAAACACGGUUUAGACAUCUCUCUAGGUCUCAACUUUGAAAAAAAAUGGUGAAGAUUGCCGUUUUGGGUGCCGGGAUCAACGGCCUUACGUGCGCUGUGAAAAUUAAGGAGAAAUAUAAAGAUUAUGACGUAGUGUUAAUCUCAAGCGAGUUCACUCCAAAUACGACUGGUGAUGGAUCAGGAGGACUCUGGUACCCUUUCAUAUGUGGAGCUACUCCUGCUGACCUGAUAAGGAAAUGGGGCAGCGAAACUUACAAAUAUCUCCAUGAACUAUACCGGAUGGGUGGGCAUGGGGUGUCAUUACUGCCGGUCUACAGUUUAUACCGAACUAAGGAGAAGUUCAGCAAGCCGAGCUGGUGGGACACAGUGUAUGGAUACCACGUGCUUGUCGAGCAACAGCUGAAGGAUUGCAAUCAACUGUUCUCUGAUAAAUAUGAAGCCGGUCACACAUUCCUAACAUUCGCAUCAUCAGCACAAAAACUCCUGGCGUAUUUACAGGAACGGUUUGAAAGAGCCAAUGGUAGACUACUCCGAGCGAAGAUCACAUCACUUCAGGAUCCUCUGUUAGAAGCUUAUGAUGUGGUUGUGAACUGCACUGGUUUGGGCGCCAGGUGGCUCGUGCCUGAUGAUGCAGUGGUUCCCGUUAGAGGGCAGAUCACUAAGGUGAAGGCCCCGUGGAUGAAUCUAUCCAUUAUUGACGAAGAGGGCGGCAACUAUAUUAUACCCAAUUCGGAAACAUGUGUGCUUGGCGGCACUCACCAGACUGACUAUAGCACAGAAGUAGACGCAGCCGACACCGAGUUCAUCAUGAACGGGUGCAAGAAAAUGAUGCCUGGACUUCGAAAUGCAGAAGUUGUGUCCCACUGGGUUGGACUAAGGCCAGCGAGACAUUCCAUCAGAUUGGAGCCUGAGGAGAAGAACGGGAAGCUCUACAUACAUAAUUACGGACAUGGUGGAAGUGGCUUUACUCUAUUCUGGGGCUGUGGGGACGAAGUUCUGCAAAUACUACAACGGCAUUUGGAUAGAAACGAACAAAAAAACCAAAUACUUUCAAAACUUUAAUGAAACC